AUGCUGGCUCGCGAAUACCAGAAGGAAGCGCAGGCCUCGUUGAACACAAAGUCUGUCACCACAUUCAAUGGCACCAACUAUCAGAUGUGGAAGAUGGCGUUCUUGUCGGAUGCAGAAGUGAUCGGUGGUGCAGAUAUUCUUAAUAAGAACCAACAGAAACCACCUGAAGGUUCUGUCCGUUUGACCAUGGGAUCCAUUCAACCCGACAACGCGGCAGCCCUAUGGAACAAGGACGGGUCAGGGUCCGAUUGUCAACUUAGAUAUCAACAAUCUCACAAAACAAAUUGCUCAUUGAAUGAAGCAUAUGAAGGCUAA